AUGGCGCAACAUUGGUAUAGUCGCCCUCCCCCUAAUUCUAUCUCUUGUUUUGCUGACUUGAGCAGGGCUUUCAUAGGGCAAUUUGUUGGAAGCAAAACGCAUGUUAAGAGCUCUGCCUCUCUAAUGAAUUUGCAUCAAGGUAAGAAUGAAUCACUCCGGGAAUAUAUGAAUCGUUUUACCAAAGAAGCCUUGAAGGUCCCGGACCUAGAUCAGAAGGUAGCCAUGAUUGCACUCCAGCAAGGUACCACUGAUGACAACUUUCGCCAGUCUCUAGCCAAGAGGGCCCCCGAUAAUAUGAACGACUUGCAAGAAAGAGCCGGGAAGUACAUUAAGGCGGAAGAAAGCCUAAGGAAAUCCCAGAGUAACCAAGGGCUGAACACCAAUUUUAAGAAACGUGGAAACGAUGUCGAGUAUAACGCUGAGAACAAAUAUGCCAAAAAGGAUGAUGAUGAGAAGUCGCCUGCUAAAAAGAAGGUAGGACCAAGGUUCACAGAAUAUGCUAGGCUCAACGCCCCAAGAAGUCAGAUCCUAAUGGAGAUCGAAAAGGAUGAGAGUGUUCGAUGGCCGAAGCCCAUAAGGACCGACCUAGAGAAACGAAACAAAGAUUUGUAUUGUCGAUUCCACAAAGACACGGGGCAUAAGACCGAUGAUUGUCGACAACUGAAGGACGAAAUCGAAUUCUUGAUCCGAAGAGGCAAGUUGUCUAAAUUUACCAAGGAUGGAGACAAGAAUUAUCGGGACAAUGACAGUCGUGGAAGAGACAAUGAUGAUAAGAGAACUCAGCCUCGAGGGCCUGUGAUUAACGUAAUCUCCGGAGGGCCUACGGCUGCAGGCACUUCGAGUAAUUCAAGAAAAGCUUAUGCAAGAGAAGUGAUGAAUAUAGUUGGAGAACCCCCGAAACGGGCAAAAAUUGACUAUACAAUGGCAUUCGAUAAUAUUGACCUUGAGAAGGUGAAAUUCCCCCAUGAUGACCCCUUAGUAAUCACUCCAGUCAUUGGAAACUCGUCUGUAAAGAGAGUGCUGGUUGAUAAUGGAGCCUCGGUGGAUAUCUUGUUCUAUGAUGCCUAUGAAAAGAUGGGAUACUCCGAUACUCAACUAACACCCUCGGAUAUGCCUAUAUAUGGCUUCAAUAAUGUGGAAACCAAGAUUGAAGGCAUGAUCCAACUUCCUGUAACCAUGGGUACCGAACCUAGACAAGCCACGUGUAUGGUAAAUUUCCUGGUCGUUAAAGCCUCAUCAACCUAUAAUGCCAUCCUUGGGAGGACUGGAAUAUAUGCUUUUAAGGCAAUCCCGUCCACUUAUCACAUGAAGAUUAAAUUCCCGACUUGGAAUGGAAUUGGAGAAGAACUGGGAGACCAGAAAAUGGCCCGAAAAGAAAGAAGAGGCAAGCCUGCCGAAGAUUUGGUUCCAGUCCCAUUGUAUACUGAGGAAUCCGAAAAGGUCACUUAUGUUGGAGCAUUACUCCAGGAAGACUUGAAGCAAGAGCUUGUGAGGUUCUUGAGGACCAAUCGCGAUGUUUUUUCUUGGACAGCGGCUGACAUGCCAGGUAUUGAUCCUUUAUUCAUGACUCACAAGUUGAAUGUGAAUCCUGAUAGGAAACCGAUUAAGCAAAAGAAGAGGAAUUUCGCUCCCGAAAGGCAGGAAGCCAUUAAAUAG